AUGAUGCUGGCCUGCGUUUGCCUGGCCGACUCAUUUGAUAGUGCAACUCUACACCAAUCAGCUUCAGUUAUAUUGACAUGUGCUCUUCCUCUCCCCAGACCUUUGUUUAGAGGAAGCUCAGAUGUUGAUCAGCUGGGCAAGAUUUUUGAUGUGGUCGGGGUUCCCUCGGUGGAGGACUGGCCCCAGGAAGUUGCCCUACCACAGAGUGCCUUCUCUCCACGACCCCCUCAGCCAAUUGGAAACCUCAUCCCUGACAUGGACGAGCUGGGGAAGUCCCUUAUACUGCAAUUCCUGGCAUUCAAUCCCGCCAAAAGGAUAUCAGCGUUUGCUGCUCUGACCCACCCCUACUUCCAGAGUGUAGAUAGUGACAGUAAGAGUGUGUACGCUCAGCCCAUUGCCAGCAACAAGCCCACCAUGGAGGAGAGCGCUGCCUGACAGCCCCCCGGCCCAGGACAAGAGAGAGAGCGCGAGAGAGAUGGACACAAAGACAGAGAAAGAGAGCAACAGACAGACAUUUGAUUCUAAAAUGCAACAGUGCUGUCUUCCACAAUGUACUGAUUUGAAUGCUGCUUUUUAGGAUAAUUUUUUUUUUAUUAAAAAAUUUCAACAAUG